AUGUCUGGAGGCGACUUUGUUAUGGGGGUGAAGAAGAGUUUGGAGACCAACGCCACAGUCCCGUUCCGCUGCAGUGGAGGCAGACACUCAGGAGACUGGGCGGCAGAUCGCAGUCGUGGUUGCCCUACCCUUGACAAGGACGAUUUUGCCAGCAGUGCAACGCAUGAAGAAAAGAGGUGCGUGGACUGGAAGUCUGCCACAGGAGACGUCUAUGCGGAGGAGAAGGCCGCGUUGCCCUCCGAGGGAGAGUUGGAACUAGGUCUCACAUUGGAGAAGGUCACCACUGAGCAGGAUGGUCAAAGGCUGAUUUGCGAAGCCUCUACCAGCUAUCCCCCCGAUCAAGUGGCUGAACGGCAGUAUACCGAAAUUUCUGUUAACUAUUUAACCGUCUACAGUCGAAGUCUUUCCAUUGUGGUAUUUGGGCAGCAGUUACUGAUCAACAAAAUUAGUGUCUCUAUUCAUCGGGCGUGGGUCAACCUGACGUCUCAAGCCAUCCCCGAGGGUGUAGCAAACCACAUUGUAAUCGUGCUAUCCGCCGAUAUUAUUAGCAAGGUGGUAGUCAUCAUCCUGGAUGAGGUACUGCCCUCACCCUCUCGCCACCCCAUUAAGGGCAAAUCUGUAGACAGACAGAAAACUUUCUUCUCAUUGGCUGACCGAUCAGUCCUGGCUGGUUUGUUCCCCAUCAAGGCGGUGGAUCUCAGUUACAUUCGCUUUGCUCCUGACAAGGAUAUCGAGGUGAAUGAAUAUCCUCCUCAAAUUAAAUUCGAUGAUGGUCCGAUUCACACCGCUCUGGGAGCGGCCGAAAAUAUAAUGGUCACCGUCCACGGCAAACCCAAGGCCGAUUUGGUGUGUGAUCACAUGGAUUUGUCCGGUGCACGAGAACUGGAGGCGCUACCGGAUGAGAAACCGGGUGUCAAUCGCUACUUACUUCGUCUUCAGGGUGUCACUGAGGAGGAUUUGGGUGAGCACUUCUGUUCCGCCACGAACAAGUUUGGUACCGCCAAAGAAAGCUUCUUCUUGACUCUUGCACCUUCUAAACCGGAGGUAAUAUCACCUACGGUUUCCAGUCACGCUGACUACUACCUUCUGGGAUGGCGAGCCAAGUCCAAAUCACCCCUAAGAAAUGUCACUUUCCGCAUUCAAACGUUUGAUAACGAAAUGGAUGUAAAAGCAAAAGCGAAAAGGGAAGAAACUCGAACGGUUUCGCUUAAUGAUCCGAUGGUUGCUAAGGUUAAUACAAGUUCCGAGGAGCUGCAGGAGUUUUGGCACCACCUCGCCAACCUGACAUUCGAUGCCAAGCAUGCUGUUCAUAUUCGUGCAUGUAAUAAGCACGCCUGUAAUGAAUUUGACCUCCAAAUACCCGAUGUCACCUUCAGGACGAUGAAGGAAUACAGUUCAAAUAAAAUCGACCCCAACAUUCUCGCACAGCCACCGUCAGCCGCUCUUAGAGAGUUGUACAGUGCUGAUUCUCAUCGCUCGGCUUGCAUCUCCGCUCCACGGAUGAUGAAACUUGUGGUGGCCUCCAGAGGACGAAAUCAGCCUGUACAGCUGCACUCGGUCUCCUACUCGGUAGAGGCCAGUCUGACUGUAGCCAUCUCAAAAUCUCUUCUGCCUGGUAUACGACAGUCAUAA